AUGGCAAACCCUACCUUACCCAUGGAAUUCCCUCGAGGAGCACAGCCUGACAUCAGCAAAGCAAAUCAAAAAGAUGUCUAUUACCAGACCAUCUUACAAGAACAAAUGAAGAGUGCAUGUCAACAAUUCUUUGGCUCAAGAAGACAACAUCAAUGGCAAAAGGAAAUCAAUGCAUUUGCAGACUUUAGUUACCAUGGUCUUACUACUUUACUUGGUACUCAGACACUAGGAGAAGAGUAUUGUGAUCUUGUUCAGGUUGGACCCUCAAACACCUUUCCGAGUGUAUUGCGUAGAGCAAGCCUUGUAUUUUCAUAUUCGAUCCUACCAUAUCUAUAUCAACGUACGGUUGCACACCUAAAGAAACAAAGGCGACGUGGACAGUUAAAGGAGGACAAGCCAUGGAAACAACACCUUGCUUGGAUAGUUGAACGCACACCGUCGUUGCAAGAAAUAUUCUCAAAGAACAUUCAGCCACUUCAUCUUGCCCUGUUUUAUUUUUUUGGAACAUAUUAUAGCUUCUCUAAACGCUUGACUGGUAUUCGUUAUAUCUUUACACGCCAAUUGGGUAUUCAUGAGGAGCGAAUGGGAUAUGAAAUCCUGGGUAUUCUUAUUGUACUUCAGCUGGUUAUCCAGACUGCUCUUGCUGUCCGCAAACGUGCAGUCCGUUUAAAGGAAGAAAAGGAAAAGGAGAAAGAAAGGGAAAAGAUUGAUAGUUUGCCUAGUGCUAAAGUAGAAGAGGAUGAUUUUGAUUUUAUGGACAAAUUUGAAGAAGAAGUAGAAAGCUCUUUGGUAGCUCCCAAAGAGAACCAGAAAUGUGCAUUGUGUCUAGAACCUCGCAAUAGCACAACUGCAACACCUUGUGGUCACUUGUUCUGCUGGUCCUGUGUGGUUGAAUGGUGCGAGAACAAGCCCGAGUGUCCGCUUUGCCGCAGUAACGUCAACAUCUCUCACUUGAUACGUCUCUCUAACUUUUAA